GGUGAUGGUGUGUUCGAGGCUGGCGGGACACUGAGGCGGCCGCGCCUCCCGUCCUCACUGGAGCGCCCGAGCCCCGCACUCGCCCCGCCGCCAGUGUACAGCCCGCACUCCCGAGCGUCGCACCGGGCUGCAGCAGAUACGCCAAGCUGCUCCACAUACCAUAAAGGAAAGCCUCAGUAUUGGGGGAAAAAAUCCAUUAUCCGUUUUUCGUAAAGCAUGUUAUAGAAGAUUGAUGACUGCUCUAACCCUGCACCGCGGUCUACAGUAACAGAACAACAUGUUAGCGCUUUUCUGUGUGCUGUUCCUGACAACACCGGAACUCAUCUCAGCCCCAGCAUCGCGCUCCCUUCUCGAUGAGGUUGCAUACAAAACGCUCGCCUUUGAGUUCGAGAUGCUGCUGAAGAACCACUUGCGAGACUGGCGGUUCCUGACGGAGACGCCCACGGAAAUGGACAUGGGCGAAUUCUUUUCGAAAAGAGACUUUAUGUACCAUGCGAAUACCACGCUCCCCAAAGAUUUAAAAAACGACACAGUUAACCCCGAGGAGAAAAAGAUUGAAUUAAGUACUAAAAUGAAUCAUUUUAAGAAUAAGAAAGUCGAGCCAACCCAAAAUGACACAGCACAACCCGAGCAGAAGAAAAAAAUUAACAUCAAUUCUACACAGAGUCAUUUUGAGAAUAAGAAAAUCAAGCCAGCCAAAACAAGCGACCGGGUAGCUAUUAGUAGACGCGGCCACAGGACACCCAACGCACCGCCAGAUCCGAUCGCUGUAAACGCAGGGCACAAAUUAACACGUAAAUCUGACAGCAAUGCUACCGAGACACCCGAGAAGAACGCGAGGGCCACAAGGGAGGCUGGAAUACCUGUCAUCUACAUGCCUGGCAAGAAGAAGAAAAGAAAAUGUUCUCAGGUCAGCGGUCUCUUGGCGGGGUUCAACACCUUCAAUUAUCUCACCUUUGUCACAGGUGUCAUAACGCUCGUCCUCAACGCUAAUAACAACAUCAAUAACAACAACAAUAAUAACAACCUGAACAAUAAUAACGAUAUUUCGAAUAACAACGUCAACGCCAAUACCAACACGCAGAAUGCUAAUCAGGUCGUUAUCUUCCCGCCCGGCAGGAAGCGUCGCUCUAUCGCGGACUGGCUCCUGCGGGUGCUGAACCGUCCCCAGGUCGAAGAGGCGAAGUCUACCACCGCAUCCCCCGCUGCGUCCGGGAGCAACUGGGACGGCGCGGCGGAAGUGGCGACGGUGGCGCUGCAGCUGUUCGAUUCGUGGGUCCAGGCGAGCUCGGGCGUUAGCGGCGAGUGCGGCUGGGCGGAGUACUGCCUCCUGCUGCAUGACCUCGGCCGCAGGAAGGGCAUAUCGGCGGCGCUUUUCGACCCGGCCAGAUCCUUCUCAGCGCUCGUGUCGCCUUCGUGGGUCGGCAGUUCCUCGUCUUGCUUCCUCCAGCGGGCGAAGUGUCGUCUGAGAUGAAUUCUGGUCUCGUUUUCUUCUCAUUGUAACUCAUCUGUAUAUUAUUCACGUUCACUGUUUUUUUCAUCGAUCGUAAAUUAUGAAUAUAUCUUAGAAUGGUUGUA